ACUCUUGCAUCUUUCUCCCAUUUAAGUGACAGGGGGCUGUUUGAAGUUUGAAUGAACAUAACCUGUAAGAAUCUUCGCAACGUAGUCGCACGUGUUUUUGGGUAGUGUUUAUUUUUUUGUUUAUCCGAGUGAAUUAAAUCACUGACAAAAUGCCAAAAGUGAGUUCUCAAUCAAAAGCGCCCCGAAAGCAGGGUUUCAACCGCUCGGGGCACUCAAUGAACCCCGAGCGGCCUACUGCUGGCUUAAAAGGGGUUGCAAACCCAAGAACCAAGGGCACAAUAAAAAGGAUUCAAAUGUACAGAAAUUUCAAAGCUAAAAGAGACAAAACCGGUAAAAUUCUCACGCCGGCGCCUUUCCAAGGAUGGAACAAGUCCGGUACUAUUGCCCGUGUUGAACCCAAUCAAAAAUGGUUUGGUAAUUCUCGCGUCAUCUCACAAAAUGCUCUACAAAAAUUCCAAACUGAACUUGGCUCAGCAAUGAAAAACCCUUUUCAACUAGUCAUGAAACCCACAACUUUACCAGUUACUCUCUUAAAUGAAAAAGCAAAGAACGCACGCGUACAUCUCUUGGACACUGAAAGUUUUGAGAGUGUUUUUGGACCGAAAAAGAGCCGGAAACGUCCGAACAUCAGUGUAUCAGGAAUGGAAGAGUUAUCACAGCUUGUCAACCAAAAACAAGAAGGAUACUCUGAUGAAAAAGAUACAAAUAUAGUUAGAGAUAAUCAGGGAGUGAAAGACCUCCCUCGCGAUUGGGUAAUGGCGGCCGGACAAUCACGACGUAUCUGGAACGAGUUAUAUAAGGUAGUAGACAGUUCUGAUGUGCUUCUACAAGUGUUAGAUGCAAGAGACCCUCUCGGUACGCGCUCUGCUCACUUAGAAAAAUACCUAAAAACAGAAAAACCACACAAACAUUUAAUUUUCAUAUUGAACAAAGUCGAUUUAGUUCCGACCUGGAUCACACAGAGAUGGUUAGCGUUGUUAAAUAAAGAAUAUCCCACUAUUGCGUUCCACGCUAGUUUAACGCAUCCUUUUGGCAAGGGAUCACUGAUCAAUCUGCUUCGGCAGUUGGGUAAAUUACAUAUUGACAAGAAACAGAUUUCAGUAGGUUUUAUUGGUUACCCGAAUGUUGGUAAAUCGUCAGUGAUUAAUACACUGCGCAGUAAAAAAGUUUGCAAAGUGGCGCCGAUUGCGGGCGAGACGAAAGUUUGGCAGUAUAUAACUUUGAUGCGACGAAUCUAUUUGAUAGAUUGCCCCGGGGUAGUUU